AUGCGCGUCGUGCUCCUCUGCUUGCUGGGCUGUGCCCUGGGCCCCGCGCUAGCACUAGACAACGGACUGAAUGCCAAGCCGGCACUGGGAUUCAAUACCUGGAAUGCCUUCUACCGUGAGAUUCACGAGGACCUGGUGAAGGAACACGCAGACCUGAUGGUGUCGCUGGGGCUGCGGGACGCCGGGCAAUACCUGGUGCUGGACGACUGCUGGUCGGAGCGGUCCCGCGAGGAGGGCGAGCGGCUGCAGGCCAGCAAAGAGAAGUUCCCGUCGGGCAUGAAGGCCAUGGGCGACUACAUCCAUGCCAAGGGCCUUAAGUAUGGCAUCUACUCUGACGCCGGCACCCUCACCUGCGCCAAGUACCCGGGCAGCCUGGACCACGAGGAGCUCGACGCCCAGACCUUUGCGGGCUGGGGCGUGGACUACCUUAAAUACGACAACUGCCACGUGCGGCGGGACCGCUGGGUGAUCGACCGCUACGCCGCCAUGCGCGAUGCGCUCAACGCCACGGGCCGCCCCAUAGUCUACUCCCUGUGCGAGUGGGGCGUCAUGGAGCCGCACCUGUGGGCGCCGCAGGUCGGCAACAGCUGGCGCACAACUGAGGACAUCCGCCCCUGGUGGGACAGCAUCGUCAAGACACUGGACUAUAAUGUGGGGCUCAGCCGCUUUGCGGGGCCCCACCUGGGCUGGAACGACCUGGACAUGGGCAACGACACGGGGCUGAGCCACGCGGAGCAGCGCACCCACUUUGCGCUGUGGGCGCUGCUCAAGUCGCCGCUCAUGAUUGGCCACGACCUGCGCGACUUCUCCAAGACCUCGCUGGGCAUCCUGCUGGCCAAGGAGGUGAUUGCCAUCAACCAGGACGACCUGGGGGUGGCCGGGGACCUGGUGUGGCGGCAGGGCACCAAGCGGGUGUACGCGGGCCCGCUGGCGGGCGGCGGCCGUGCCGUGGUACUGGCCAACUUCCAGACCACUUACUCGCAGUACCCCGCCACCAACAUCACCGUGUUCUGGACCCAAGUGGGCCUGCAGCCCGGCCAGCGGGUUGCGGUGCGAGAUCUGUAUGCAGGGGGCUGCACGACGUGGUGGUGCUGCGCCUGACGCCGCGGGACGGCCCGCGGGACGAGAGCUGGCGGCCCUGGCAUGGCCAGCCUAUGUAUGCUGCACACGCGGAGAACUUGGUACCGCAGCACAAGGAGUCGUGGAUCGGCACGGGCGCGCCGUGGCGCUUCCUGCCGCGCAACCCCAACGAAACCGUGCUGCCGGUGUUCCAGCGGGGGCUCGACGGUGGCGAGGAGCACGGCGAGGAGAGCGGCGAGGAGAGCGGGGGCGGCGGCAAAAGGAACCGACGGCUGGCGUCAGCGGUGUGAUCGGGGCGCUUGCUGUGCUGUGCGUGCGUGUGUCAGUAGUGACUGGGUUCCUGUAACACAAGCUGGCCUGUG